AUGGACGAAACGUCACAUCUUCCAAAUGGGAGUUUGAAGAACUUGGAGUUUACGCCUGUGGGAUUCAUCAAAUCUAAGCAAAACUCUGCGCAAACACAGGCCGCAUCACCCACUAGGGUACCGAACUUUAGUGGUGGUGAUGGUGAUAAUGAAAACGAAGGCCCAGCCAGGAAAAAGCAAAGAAGGAGCAUUGAUGAUACCAUUGAUUCAAUACGGCUGUUUAGCGAAGCCUCACAAUUCGAUGAUAGUUUUCCGGAAAUCAAAGCCAAUGUCCCACCCAGUUCAAGAUCAGGAAACGUUGACAAAAGCCGCAAGAGAAACUUAAUUGAUGACUUGAAGAAGGAUGUGCCAAUGUCCCAGCCUUUAAAAGAACAAGAAGUCAAAGAACACCAAUUGAAGAAAGAGCGAUUUGAGCGUGCGCUAGAAAGUAAGCUACUAGGAAACAGACACGUAACAUACGCUCAAUCCGAUCUUUCUAGUAAAGAAGUAUACAUAAAUGAAAUCAAGAGCUUGAAGCACGAAAUCAAGGAAUUGAGAAAGGAGAAAAAUGAUACUCUUAAUAAUUAUGAUAAUCUUGAGGAAGAAACGGACGAUUUGAGAAAUAAAUUACAGGAACUAGAAAAGGAACUAGAUGUAAAAAACAGAAUGGUUAAUUCAAGAGAGGCUGAGGAUCAUUCUGGAUGCAUAGAAGAGCGUGAAAAGAUCGAAAGAAAAUUGAACGACUUAGAAAAAAAGUUUAAGACCGUGAACGAUCAAGUACGCGAACUGGAGAAUAGAGCUAAUGUACAAAAAUCAGAGUUGAAAUCCAAAGAAGAUCAGUUAAAGGAGUCAAUGAAUCAAUUAAACGAGUUUAAAAACAAUACAGAUGAAAAUGUUUCGCAAUUGGAAUCUAAAAGAAUCGAAUUGAGGAACCUAACAAAUCAACUGAAUGCGCUGAAAAAUGAGUCAGAUGAGAAGGAUUCGCAAUUGCAACAAAAGGAAAGCGAAUUAAAAAGGCUAACAAAUAAAUUAAAUGAGCUCGAAAAAAGGUUGAAUGAAAACAGUUCUCAAUCCUCUGCGAAGGAAAGCGAAUUAAAGGAAUCUAAAAGCCAAAUAACUGAGCUAGAAGAAAAGAUAAACAAAAAAAAUUCACAAUUGGAGACAAAGGAAAAUGAAUUAAAGUCAUUAAUGGCUCAACUAACCCAGUUGGAGAAUAGACUCAAUCAGAAAGAUUCUCAGUUGGGCUCGAAGGAGGAUGAAUUGAAAACUAUCAACGAAAAAUUACAAAGAGAUAUUAAGAUUGCAAGACAGGAAACUGCCUCGAAAGACGAACGCAUAUAUGCCUUGCAAAUGAAAAUUCAAAACUUGGAAAAUGACCUAUCUAUGAUGAAAAAAACGCAUAAUGAGUCUAAAUCUGUCACCAAUGAUGAAUUGGAAUCUAAAAGUAAAGUUAUCAAAAUUUUAGAAACCGAUUUGGAGGUUGCGCAGGAGAAAUACUUAAAGUUACAAAGUGAACUUAAGGAGAGAGAAAACAGGUAUAAAAUUUCCGAAUCAAACUUGGAAGAUGAAAAUAUCAGGUUGAAUGAAAGAAUCUCAGACUUAGCAAGAGAAAACUCACGACUGAAAAGUACAGUAGACGAUAAGUCGACUGCUGUGUACCGUAUGAAAGAGAGUUACGAGGCACGAUUAGAUUCAUUACGGAAAGAAGUCGAAGAAUAUAAGGUAAAUGCGGAAAAGUCUGAGUCUAAGGUUGAAGAAUUAAGAAUCAUGAUUACAGAAAACUCAGCAAGAGUAUCAGAAAAAAGAUCAAAAGAGAUGAAAGAGAAAGAGAGAAAAAAUAAGGAACUCACCGAUAAUUUAAAAAUGCAAGAAGAUGAAAUAAGCUCAUUGAAAGCAAUGAUAGAAAAAUACAAGAAAGAAUUUAGUCAAUCAAAGUCUGAACAGAGUAAUAUUCAACGUACUUUAAAUUUGCAAAUACUAAAUCUGGAAAAUAAACUAAUUGAGAGCGAAGAUGAAUUAAAAUCGCUAAGGGAUUCUCAAGAAACAGAGAUAGAUAACUGGAAAAGAAAAUACAACAACCUCUCUUUAGAAAACGACAGGUUGUUAGAAGAAAAAGCUUCUGCAUCAGACAAAGAGCAUGAAGUAUCUAUUUUGAACAGAAAAAUCGAUGAAUUAGAAAAAGAAAAAUGGAAUUUGCAGGCAUCUAAGGAAAAAUAUAAACACGAACUGCAGAAAGUAAUCACUGCUAAUGACCGUUUGAGAAGAGAGAAAGAGGAAUUGAAUGAAAACAGUGGCACUAUUCGUAUGAUGGAAGAAAAAAUGGCCAGAAUAAAAAAGAACUAUCUAAGUGAGAUUACAUCUUUACAAGACGAAAACAGAAAGCUUGAAGAACGCCUCAUACUGAAUGAGAGACAAAAAGAUGAUAAUUCAAUCGUGCAACUAAGCGACUUUGUAAGUUACUAUAAGUUGAAAUAUCAUUCAGAAGUAAGACAUAAUAACGACCUAAAAGUAAUCAAUGAUUACUUGAACAAAGUGUUGGCUUUGAGUACUCGCCGCUUAAGAUUGGACACAAGGAAAGGUGAACAUAGUUUGAACAUUUCGAUCCCGGAUGAUGACGAGUUAGACCGUGACUACUAUAAUAGUCAUAUUUAUACAAGAUAUCAUGACUAUGAUUACCCUCUGAGAUUCAAUUCAAACAGGAGAGGCCCAUAUUUUGAGCGCCGCUUAAACUUCAAGACAGUUGCUCUUUUGGUGCUUGCUUGCGUUAGGAUGAGGAGAAUUGCAUUUUACAGGAGAUCAGACGAUAUUAGGCUGAGGACACUAAGAGACAAAAUUGAGAGUGAUAGUGGACGUAUAUCGUGGUGA